AUUGAAUUCUUUCAGAACUUUCCUUCCAUAUUAGCUUUAUUGCCUAUAAAAAGUCGUGGAAAAUCUAGGGUUUUCCAUCUUUUUUCUUUGGAAUGUAUUAUUGUUUUCUAGAGCGGCAGCAGAAGCGUCUUGCGCGAAUUUAUCAUGUUUGAUGUAAUUUCAAGUCGAAGGCAUAAUGGAUAUUCGUCAAAAUUUAAGCGACCAGGAGUCUCUGCCGUUCGUCACUAUCCUAGAGACUGUGGAUUGUUGUUGCCCGAACUGGACCCAAGAAAAGGACAAGAAGAGAUUACUAAGGUCCAUCCUUUGGAAAUUGCUGCUGCUAGCCGCCCUGUUUUAAGAAAGUAUCCUCCUCCAAAAAUUCGGAAAGGGCAUCUUGUCAUACGGAAUUUUCCUUUCAAGUCGAAUGCUCCUGCUGCGUUGAGAAACCAAAUGCCUUCUGAUUCUGAGGACAGUCAUUCAUCUUUUGGGAUCCCUAUGGCAGAUUGUGAUCAAUCGGAUGCUUCUAAAGCAACUGAUGUUCAUACAUGCAGGGAUGCUAAACAGUAUGACUUCUCAGUUGUUAGGAACUCCAAGCCAUGGUAUGUUCCUAAUUCAACAAAUGUUCAUGACGCUCAUGUGUGCGUAGAACCUAAACAAAACAAUGUGUCAAUGGUUGAUAAGGAUUGCAAACCAAUGGACGUUUCCUUUGCAACUAAUGUUUUUGCAUGUAGAGAUGUUAAAGAUUUCAGCCCAUCAAUGGUGGUUGGGGAUGAGCAAUAUGAGGUAGAUAGCUAUCGAGUAGUUGUAAAGGACGAGGAGGAAGGAGACGAAGUCCCAUCUAUUCCCAAACAAGCGAGCUUAUCGAAGGGUGUUGGGGAUGAGCAAUAUGAGGUGGAUAGCUAUCGAGUAGUUGUAAAGGACGAGGAGGAAGGAGACGAAGUCCCAUCUAUUCCCAAACAAGCGAGCUUAUCGAAGGGUGUUGGGGAUGAGCAAUGUUCGAAUGUUCACUUUAGUGAUGAAGAGUGUGAGAAAGCCUUAUUGGAGGUGUAUAGUUCUCAAGUAGUUAUUAGCGAAGACUUGGUGGUCACUGAUAACAAGGAGUUGGGAAUUUCUUCGAACAAGGUUAAAGAGGUUUUACAUCUUUUUCAAGAGGUUUACCUUAAGCUCUCACAAGAAAGUGGUAGGAAACGAAAAGAAAGUCUUCCUCUACUUGCAGCUUCACAUCUUCUAAAGCAGCAAAAGUGGAUCAAUAUGGGUAAACGAUUAGGUCCUAUACCAGGAAUUGAAAUAGGUGACUAUUUUGAUUGGAGGGCUGAAUUGAAUGUAAUUGGCCUCCAUCGCCAAUAUGUUUGUGGCAUCGAUUAUAUGGAGUUGGAUGGGAGAAUACUAGCUACAAGCAUUGUGGACUCUGGUCGAUAUGACAAUAUUGUGGAGUCAAAUGAUGAACAGGAGUUUCCAGAUGUCCUAAUUUAUUCAGGGCAAGGUGAAAAUCCGAAGGUUCAAAGUAGGAAAUUUGUAUAUGAUCAAAAACUUAAAGGAGGAAACCUUGCAUUGAAGAAUAGUUCGGAAACAAAAACCCCGAUAAGGGUUAUUCGUAAGGUUUCCUUUAAAGGUGCUAGUAGUAAGAUUGUUGAACAAAAGUUUGUUUAUGAUGGGUUGUACUUUGUGGAUUGUUAUCGGGAAGAAAGAGCAUCAUCGGGUAAGCUUGUUUUUAAGUUUGUACUAAAGAGAUUUCCAGGGCAACCAAAACUUAAGUGGGCAAAAUUGAUACGGAAAGAACAUGUUUGUAUGAAUGAUAUUUCUCACGGUAAAGAGAAGAUACCCAUUCGUGCAAUGAAUGCAUUGGAUGAUGAAAAGCCCCCACUCUUUAAUUAUGUCACCAAUGUAACGUAUCCCGAAUCCUAUCAUCCUUCCAUGUCGAGUGGUGGUUGUGAUUGUAUUGAUGGAUGUUCAGAUUCUGUGGAUUGCCCUUGUGUCAUAAAAAAUGGUGGAGAAAUUCCAUACAAUUAUGAAGAGUGCAUUAUGAUGGAGAAGCCUAUUAUCAUCGAGUGUGGACCUUCUUGUAAGUGCUUUACUUCUUGCAUUAAUAGAGUAAGUCAACGGGGAAUUCGUUUUCCGUUAGAAGUUUUUAAGACUAAAACAAAAGGAUGGGGUGUUAGAUCACGAUCUUUUAUACCGUGUGGAAGUUUUAUUUGUGAGUAUAUAGGUGAAAUCCUUCCAGAUAAGGAAGUUGAACAAAGGAUAGGUAAGGAUGAGUAUUUGUUUGAUAUAGGACAUAACUAUGGUGUCUUAUCACACUCAUCUGAAGUAAAUGAAUGUUUCACAAUUGAUGCUGCUCAGUUUGGGAAUGUGGGUCGAUUUAUCAAUCAUAGUUGCUCUCCCAAUCUUUUUGCUCAAAAUGUACUCUUUGAUCACAAUGAUAGCAGUUUGCCCCACAUUAUGUUAUUUGCUAUGGAAGACAUACCUCCCUUGAAGGAGUUAACCUAUGAUUAUAAUUAUAGGAUAGGUGGAGUUUGUGAUGUAAAUGGUGAUAUCAAGAUGAAGACUUGUUUUUGUGGUUCAAAGGAAUGUACCGGGCGGAUGUAUUAAUGAAGAUGUAUUCUUAUAAAUUUAUAAGUUGUUCAUUUGAGUUUUAGCCAAAUAUAUUUUCAGUUGCAUAGUAUUGUUGCAAGGCUUGUGCAAUGAAUAGUAUUAAUUUUUGUUUU